AUGGCCACCGGACCAGUAAAAAGAGUCGCCGCUUCAGCGCUCAACAAGACCGCAAAAAUAGCAAAAGCGACCGCUUCGAAGCACUCACCACUGCAAUCGGCGCCGGCAUCGCCAACAGUAGCAGCGAAGCCAACAGGAGUCAAAGCUUCGAACCCUCUAUCACAAUCGCCUCCGCCAGCGAUCACAACGACUCCAGCAUCGUCAUCAUCAUCAUCAUCAUCCCCACUUUCCCCAACAACGGUAUUGACAGCGGGGGGUUCAUCAAGAGGAGCCCCAUCACCACCGGGAGGAUCAGGAGGAGGUGGAGCAGGAAGAGGACAACAACAAGGAAAAGGACAAGAAGAAGCGCCACAUCAACAAUCCCGCCCCUUCCCCAAAUGGAAGGCCGCCGUCUGGACAGUAGCCUUUACGGCGGUGACUGUAACUGGAACCAUUUACGGCGCAGGUCUUAAGACGCAGAAGGAAUGGAAUCAGCUGUUCAAAACCAAGAUUGAGAUUGAGCAGAAGCUGGCCGAUGUGAGGGAGCGCAUGAGACUGGAGAAGGAGAAGGAGGAGAAAGUGAAGAGCGGUGCGGUGGCGACGCCGAGGAGAUAA